ACAUACAUACAUACAUACAUAUCCACAUAUAAAUACAGAGUAUUACAUAACCUUGUAUAAUGUUGUAAUUUGUAACAGAAAAAGAAUUUCUUAAACUUGAGAAUAUACGAUGUUGUGGAGAACCACUUCAAAUCUUGUACGACAUACAAUAUUUAAAAAUAGACGAAUGUAUCAUACAUUAUAUUGUAUGACAUUUAUUUGUCAACAACAUAGGUUGGAUCUAACCUAUUCAUAUUUACAAACGAACCCUAUUUCUAUAAUACAAAAGAGAUUAGAGAGCAACAAGCAGAUUUCAGAACGAGGACAAGAUGAUAGUGAUGAAGAGGAAUCAAAAGUCGAUAAUUAUUUACAAACAAAAACUACGAAAGUAAUAAAUACUACGAUACCUUCCCUUCGGUUAGAUGUUGUUGCUAAAGCGGCAUUUGGAUUAUCACGCAACAAAGUAGAUAAAGCAUUUUAUAAUAGCAAUCUUCGUGUCAAUGGACAAAAAUAUUUGAAAAAGAGUAAAAUAGUUGAUGUUGAAGAUGAAAUCGAUUUAGUACUUGGCAGAAGUAAUAAUAAUCCUGCAUUCUUGACAGUACAUCGUUGUAUACUACUGUCAGUUAAACCAAGUGAGGAAGGA